AUGGAGACUCUUCUGAGGAGAUGUCAGAUCAGAAGCCAGAUCGUCAGGGAAUGUAUAGCGGAGUUCCUUGGGCUCUACAUCGCAGUUUUAAUCGGAUCUGGCGCGGCGGCCCAGGUUGUCACCUCCCGGGGCACCCACGGUAACUACCUCACCAUCCAACUUGGUUCAGCCCUGGGAGCAGUAUUCGGGAUUUUUGUAGCUCGAGGAGUUUCAGGUGCUCAUCUAAAUCCCGUGUACUCCUUGAGCCUGUGUGUGUUGGGCCGCCACCCGUGGAAGAAGCUGCCGUUGUAUUCCCUUUCGCACCUGGUCGGAGCGUUUCUGGGGGCAGCGACAGUUUAUCUCCAGUACUACGAUGCCAUCCAGACAUUCAGUGGAGGUGAACUGUUGGUGGCAGGCCCCAAUGCCACCGCGGGUAUCUUCUGUUCAUACCCAGCAGACCACCUCAGCUUUUGGGGAGGCCUCGUGGAUCAGGUGGUUGCCACUGCACUUUUCCUGCUCUGCUGCGUGGCUCUUGAGGAUCAGCGAAACGGACCCCUUCCUGAUGGUCUCCAUCCGGUCCUGGUGGGGGCGCUGAUUCUUACCAUGGGAGUCUCCAUGGGCUCAAACUGCGGCUUCCCCCUCAACCCAGCCAGGGAUCUGGGGCCCCGGCUGUUCACCUUCGUCGCUGGCUGGGGGGAAGAAGUGUUCAAGGCUGGAGGUGGUUGGUGGUGGGUCCCCAUAGUGGCCCCCUUUGUGGGCGGGCUGCUAGGAACCGUAACCUAUGAGCUUCUGAUUGAAGCGCACCAUCAGACCACGCCGCAGAGUCCACAACAGGAGCAGGAGGCAGUGGAACUGGAGGAGGUGGUGGUGGACUCUGGAAACAACAGUGAAGUUGAGCUGGAGUUCCCAGAGCAGAGCGGCGGCCCCCUGCCCUCCAACCAGUGGAGAAGCCGAAGUGAAGGAGACAACUGUGGCAGCGGUACCGUAGCCACUGGAAAUAAGCCACUGGCACCAGAAAUAGUGAACCACAGGCACCGGCACCUCUGGCAGUGGUGCCACAGCCACUGGAAGUGCCACAGACGAGGUGCCACAGCCACCGGAAGUGCCAGAGACUACAGCGGCACCAUAGGCACCGGUGCCACAGGCCACAGUGAGAUCUCGUCCCUACUGGUUUAG